AUGUUGGAGUUACUUGCUUCACAUGGGUCAAAUGUCAACUACAGAGAUAAUGGGAGUCAAUUAACAAUUCUUCAUCACGCAUGCGCUAAAAAUAAUAUCAAAGCUGUAAAAUGUCUAAUUUCACACGGUGCAGACCUCAACAUGCUGAAUUCUGGAGGAUAUUCUGUCAUUCAUUUUGCAAUUUUCUCUACUGUUAGAGGAAUAUCAGUUAAAUCAUUUGGACCAGAUUUUGUUAAUGAAAGUGAAGUCAUUGAUUUGAUUGAACUUCUACUUUCAAAUGGGGCAAAUGUCAAUUUAAAGAAUGAAGAUGGAUAUACACCUCUUCAUAUGGCAUCAUUUAUGUCGACUAGAGGAAUUGUUGAAACAUUAAUUUCUCAUGGUGCUGAAAUCAAUUCUUUAACUAAAGAUGGUUAUACUCCUCUUGAUUUAGCUGAUGGACGUGAAAAAAUACAUUAUGAAAAAUACCUUAGACUCCGCAACGCUAAAAUGGAUUACCAAUAUUAUCUUGAUUCCUCCCAAGAAGCAAGCAAAAUUGUGGCUCUCUUAAAAUUGCAUGGUGGAAAAUCUAAUUCUGGGGAUAUUAGUAUGACAAAAUAUUUAAAUAUUUCUCAUUAUUUAAACAUAUAA